AAAAGAAAAAAAUAACAAAAGAUAAAAUACUUCAAGGUGUGCUUCUUCAGGUAGCCCAUCUUGCGGUCUCUAUGCCUUUAAAUGUCAAGCACGGUGCUGGGCGGAGGGCGGACCGCGUGGCGCGCGUGAGCAUCCGGUGAUUGGCCAUCACCGGCGCACAGCGAGGGACGCGCGCUGAUGCGGGAGUGGACGGGUACGCCACCGCUGCUGCAAUCUCAAGCCUGCUCGAACACGCGGGUGAUAACCUUCAUCAGCGCUCACACCAAAGCCUGUUCUUGAUUCUGGAUCUAAAAACGCAUUUUGAGGAAUGUAUUAUGGAUUAUAAUGCGUCUGGAUAUUUUUGCCUCAUUUAAGCUGAGGACCUGAGGAGGAAGCGUAACCGUGGCGAUCCCGGAGACCUGAUCCAGAAGGCACCAUGAGGAGCGUGCUGUUCUUUACACAGAUGAGAGGCAGCUUCAAGGAACCCGGCUCCCCGAGCCUCUGUCACACAACCUGUGCUGUUUAAACACACGCACACACAUACACACACAUACACGCACACACACACACGCAUAAACACCUCAAUAAGCGUAGAUCUGUUGGUACAGCCAACAGAUCCCUCAGAGGAUACGCCUCAGUCCAGCUCAAACACGGCUGACCCUAUACUUCCCUCUCGUCCUCUUUGAGGUCCUCCUUUGUGGGAGUGGGAGAGAGAUCCCCCCUUGGCCUAAGAGGGCAGCUGGAGAGUCGUGCGAUGUAAACUGCCACAUGACUCUGCCAUUUUGUCUAUUUAGGUUCUGAAUUCACAUCUCUUUGGUCUCUCUUUCGCACAGAUUUUGUCACCCUUUUGGAAGACCUCAACUUACACUAACACACACACACACAUACACCCAUACAUACACAUUCACACACACACACACAGAGACACACACACAUACACACCCACACACUUGCAAACCUUUGGGGCGCAGCUAUAUACACUGUUGGAUAUACUGUGGAAUAUACUCAAUCCCAUGAGCCUACGGGUGAAGUCAAUGGUUGCUCGCUGCCGUUGCGGAUUAUAACUCUGCCCUGUGUGCCCAGCUCCCUCACCAUGGGUCCCCUCUUUGCCCCCCUGAAGCGGCAGCUCCUGCUGGGCGCUCUGCUAGGCGCCUGCCUGGGCCCGGGUCCCUGCCUGGGCCUGGAGUUUACGGGCCAAACCGGCCAGUGGGCGCGCUUCCUGCGCUGGGACGCCAGCACCCGCGGCGAGCUCAGCUUCCGCUUCCAGACCAACGCGUCUACGGCGCUGCUGCUCUACUUCGACGACGGCGGCUACUGCGACUUCCUGCAGUUGAUGGUGGUGGAGGGGCGGCUGCAGCUGCAGUUCAGCAUCGACUGCGCCGAGACGACCGUGGUGUCGGACCGCCGGGUCAGCGACGGCGCCUGGCACCUGGCCACGCUCGGCCGCUUCCACCUGCGCACGGCGCUGGGCUUGGACGGCAUGGUCAAGGCGGACGAAGUGCGCCCUCUGCGCCCGCUGCGCCAGUACAUGAAGGUGGUCAGCGACCUCUUCCUGGGCGGCGUGCCGCAGGACAUACGGCCGGCCGCGCUCACACUGCCCACCGUCAAAGAGCUGCCGCCAUUCCGCGGCCUGCUCACCGACCUCAAGUACGGCAGCAAGGUGCCCACACUGCUGGGCAGUCAGAAGGUGCGUCUGGACAUGGAGGGCAUUUGCGCCAUCAACCCCUGUGAGAACGGAGGCAGUUGCUCCGUCGUGGAUGGGGAACCGCUCUGCGACUGUUCCAAGACGGAGUACAUUGGCCGGUUCUGCAAUGAAGAGGUCAACGCCAUCCCAGGUUUGGCCCACAUGAUGAUGGCAGAACAAGCCAAAAGCAAAGCGAGGGAAGAGAACGUUGCCACAUUCCGUGGUUCCGAGUACUUCUGCUACGACCUCUCCCAGAACCCUAUCCAGAGCAGCAGCGACGAGAUCACGCUCUCCUUCAAGACGUGGCAGCGUGCUGCCUCAUCCUGCACCACGGGCAGAGUCGGCCGACCUCGUCCAACCCUGGCACUGAAGGGCCCGCCCGUCUCGCUCGUCAUCAACCUGGGCUCCGGCGCCUUCGAGGCCAUCGUGGAACCUGUCAACGGCAAAUUCAACGACAACAGCUGGCACGACGUCAAAGUCACGCGCAACCUGCGACAGCAUUCAGGCAUUGGACACGCUAUGGUGACGAUAUCUGUGGACGGCAUCCUCACAACGACGGGGUACACCCAGGAGGACUACACCAUGCUGGGCUCAGAUGAUUUCUUCUACGUGGGAGGAAGCCCAAGCACUGCCGACCUGCCUGGAUCCCCCGUCAGCAACAACUUCAUGGGCUGCCUAAAGGAGGUUGUCUACAAAAACAAUGACAUCCGGCUGGAGCUCUCCCGUCUUGCUCGGAUUGCUGACCCCAAGAUGAAGAUCCAGGGCAAUGCCAACUUCAAGUGUGAGAACGUGGCCACCCUGGACCCCAUCUCGUUCGAGACGCCUGAGGCCUACAUCAGCCUGCCCAAGUGGAAUACCAAGCGCAUGGGCUCCAUCUCCUUUGACUUCCGCACCACCGAGCCCAACGGCCUAAUCCUCUUCACACACGGCAAGCCGCAGGAGCCCAAGGACGUGCGCAGCCAGAAGAACACCAAGGUGGACUUCUUUGCCGUGGAGCUGCUGGACGGCAGCCUGUACUUGCUGCUGGAUAUGGGCUCUGGGACCAUCAAGGUGAAAGCCACGCAGAACAAGGUGAACGACGGGACCUGGUACCACGUGGACAUCCAGCGAGACGGACGAGCUGGAACCAUAUCGGUGAACAGCCGCCGCACCCCCUUCACGGCCAGUGGAGAGAGCGAGAUCCUUGACCUGGAGGGCGAGAUGUACCUGGGGGGUCUCCCGGAGAGCCGCGCUGGCCUCGUCCUGCCCACGGAGCUGUGGACCGCCAUGCUCAACUACGGCUACGUGGGCUGCAUCCGCGACCUGUUCAUCGACGGCCGCAGCAAGGACAUCCGGCAGAUCGCCGAGAACCAGAACGGCGCCGGCAUCAAGCCCACGUGCAACCGGCUCUCGGGCAAGCAGUGCGAAAGCUACCCGUGCAAGAACAAGGGCGUGUGCAAGGAGGGCUGGAACCGCUUCAUCUGCGACUGCACCGGCACCGGCUACUGGGCGCGGACCUGCGAGAGAGAGGCGUCCAUCUUGAGCUUCGACGGCAGCAUGCACAUGAAGGUGGUGAUGCCGUCGGUGAUGCACACCGAGGCGGAGGACGUGUCCCUGCGCUUCAUGUCGCAGCGGGCCUAUGGCCUGCUUAUGGCCACCACCUCCCGCGACUCCGCAGACACCCUCCGCCUCGAGCUCGACGGCAGCCGCGUCAAGCUCACGGUCAACUUAGACUGUAUCAGGAUAAACUGUAACUCCAGCAAAGGACCCGAGACCCUGUAUGCCGGGCAAAAGCUCAAUGACAAUGAGUGGCAUACCGUGCGUGUGAUCCGAAGGGGUAAAAACUACAAGCUCUGGGUUGACGACGACGUAGCUGAAGGUCAGAUGGCAGGCGACCACACACGGCUGGAGUUCCACAACAUCGAGACGGGCGUGAUGACGGAGCGCCGCUUCGUCUCCAUGAUCCCGUCCAGCUUCAUUGGCCACCUGCAGAGCCUUAAGUUCAACGGCAUGCUCUACAUCGACCUGUGCAAGAACGGCGACAUCGACUUCUGCGAGCUCAACGCCCGCUGAAUGCGCUCCAUCAUCGCUGACCCCGUGACCUUUAAGACCAAGACCAGCUAUCUGAGCCUGCCCACCCUGCAGGCCUACGCCUCCAUGCACCUCUUCUUCCAGUUCAAGACCACCUCCCCCGACGGCUUCAUCCUCUUCAACAGUGGAGAUGGCAACGAUUUCAUAGCAGUUGAGCUGGUGAAGGGGUACAUCCAUUAUGUCUUUGACCUUGGCAACGGCCCCAAUGUCAUUAAGGGCAACAGUGACAGGGUCCACGACAACCAGUGGCACAAUGUGGUCAUCACCCGCGACAACAACAACGUCCACACUCUGAAGGUCGACGCCAAGGCCGUGAGUCAAGCAGUCAACGGGGCCAAAAACCUGGACCUGAAAGGUGACCUCUUUAUCGCUGGACUGGGGCCCGGCAUGUACAACAGCCUUCCCAAGCUGGUGGCCUCUCGGGACGGCUUCAAAGGCUGUCUGGCGUCAGUGGACCUGAACGGGCGGCUCCCGGACCUGAUUAACGACGCACUGUUCCGCAGCGGGCAGAUCGAGCGUGGAUGCGAAGGUCCUAGCACCACGUGCCAGGAGGACUCGUGCGCCAACAUGGGCAUCUGUAUCCAACAGUGGGAGAACUACACCUGCGACUGCUCCAUGACGUCCUACACCGGCACGAACUGCAACGAUCCUGGAACCACGUACAUCUUCGGCAGAGGAGGAGGUCAGAUCAUGUUCAGCUGGCCGGCCAACGAGAGGCCCAGUACGCGCACGGACCGACUGACCGUGGGGUUCAGCACAUCGCUCAAAGACGGCAUCCUGGUGCGCAUAGACAGCGCCGAGGGCCUGGGAGACUACAUCAUGCUUCACAUCGAGCAAGGCAAGAUCGGAGUCACGUUCAACAUCGGGAUGGAUGACAUUCUUGUGAAGGAGAACAGCAUCCCUGUCAAUGAUGGCAAAUAUCACGUGGUCCGCUUCAUCAGAAAUGGGGGUAACGCAACACUACAAGUGGACAACUGGGCCAUCAAUGAACACUUCCCCGCAGGGAACAGCGAUAACGAACGGCUGCAAAUGGUAAAUAAGAAAAUCCCGUUCAAAAUGCAGAGAAAUGUAGAGGAGUGGCUACAAGAAAAAGGCCGGCAGCUAACCAUCUUUAACACCCAGGCCACCAUUACGAUCGGUGGCUCUGACCGCAGACGGCCCUUCCAGGGCCAGCUCUCGGGGCUCUACUACAACGGCCUGAAGGUGCUCAACAUGGCCGCCCAGGGGAACCCCAACAUCCGCAUCAACGGCAGCGUGCGCCUGGUGGGGGACACCGGGGGGACACGCACCACCGCCCUCCCACCCGAGAUGUCCACCACCUUCAUCGAGACCACCACCACCAUGUCCACCACCACCACGAGGAAGCCUCGCUCACCCCCCACCAUACAGGUUCUGAAGGACAAAGACAAGCUGAAGCAGACCACGGAGGACAUUGUGUCAUCGGCAGAAUGUUCCAGCGAUGACGAGGACCUGGAGGAGUGCGACUCAGGCCAUGCAGGUGGGCUAGAUAAGACCUUGUCCACGUCGGCUUUUGAAGGUGGCUACAAAGUUCACGCGCCUAAGUGGGACGCCAAGGACUUUAGACCUAACAAAGCCUUCGAAUCUGGUAGGACUACCACUACUACAACGGCCGCGUCUCUAAGCCCCAAGCUGAGUCGCGCUGGUGCAGGCGCAGGUGCGCCCGCGUCCCCUCCACCCGAGAAGCGACCCAAGCUGCCCGCGGGCAAAAUGAAUAACCGAGAUCUUAAGCCCCAGCCAGACGUAGUCUUGCUUCCGUUGCCCACGUCCUUUGAGGUAGACAGCACCAAGCUGAGGAGCUCGCUAAUAACCACCCCCAUGUUCCGCACUGUACCCACAGCAAUCCCCACGGAGCCGGGCGUCAGAAGGGUUCCGGGGGCCUCCGAGGUGGUCCGUGAAUCUAGCAGCACCACGGGGAUGGUCGUCGGGAUAGUUGCUGCUGCCGCUUUGUGCAUCCUUAUUCUCCUGUACGCUAUGUACAAGUACAGGAACAGGGACGAGGGAUCUUACCAGGUGGACGAGACCAGGAAUUACAUCACUAACUCAGCACAGUCAAACGGAGCCGUCAUGAAGGACAAACAGUCGAGUUCGAAAAGCAGCAACAAGAAACAGAAAAACAAGGACAAGGAGUAUUACGUGUGAAUGGCAAAGUGUUGCGUCAAGAAAAAAGAAAAAAAAAGAGAGAGAGAGAGAGAGAGAGAGAGAGAGAGAGAGAGAGAGAGAGAGCAAAUACAUUUUAAAACAAUUCUAUCCUGUCGGGAGUUGCAAUUUUAAGAAAGGAAAGAAGUUUCUGCCAGAGCUGUGCUGAGACGUUGAACUAUGACAUGGACUGUAAUAUAAAGCACACUUACUAUUGUAAGAAUACCAAGAUGGUACAUAGAAACAUUAGUGACCUUAUUCUUCUAUUUGGUCAGAGACGUUAUCAGUGUAGAAUAUUUCACGGCAACAUCAUAAUCCUAAGUGACUUUUAGAGGUAUGUGAUCCAUGGCGUAAAUCUUGUUUUUGUAUUCCUGUACAAAAAAGGAGAAAAUUAUUUCGGCCAUUUCAAGCAUGUAAGUGACACAUAGUGCUGGCAAUUUUACAAAUGUGGGAUGAAAAAGAAGAGUAAUGAUAAGGACUCCUGCCAAAAAAAAAAAAAAUCUAAUGAAACUUUGUAUUGUUUAUACAUUAUAUGUGAUGUCUGAUAUGAUUUGUUUGCUCUCUGCAAAAAUAAGAGAAAAAUGUAUUCAAUAAUACCAAGUUAGAAAGGACAGAUUAGUGGAACACUGUCACCCAAAAAAGAUUCUCUUAAUUGUAUGAUGACUGUAACUUUGGCCAUGUUGGUGGGGAGAGCUAGUUGGUGUCUCUCUUUGUCUCAGUAAAGCGACUGAUUGUAAAUGCAUGUCAUCUUUAAGCUACAGUAAACUGUGUUCAACUUGGCUUGAACAAAUCCACCAGACCAGACAGUGAAUCAUCAGAUGACUCUUUCGCCCUCAAAAGUGACAACAAGAAAAAGAAAAAGAAAAGAAAGAGUCCCUGGAAAAGAUCUAUUUUUCUUUGCUACCAGUGCUGGUCCUUUCUCAGUCGUAUGUGUGUUGGUCCAUCUUCUCUUGUUCUUUUUUAUGAAGCUGUAUGGUGCAGGACUGGAACAGAACUAUAACACUGUUAAGGAUGUCUAUUCAGAAAUAAAUCCAAUGUGAAAAGUGUGAAUUCUAUCUGUUGUCACAGUCAACUGCGUCAUAAAAAAAAAAAGGCUGAACAAAUUUGUUUACAUAUUUUAUGAAAUUAUAGCAGUUGUACCUUGUAGGUAGAUAUUGUAUAUAACACCUAUGUUACGUUUUUUCAGUAGUUCGGCUGAAAGAACAGACCUUUGAGCUUACUGUGUGUGUUUCAUGACAAGACUCUUGAACUUUUACACAGAUGAAGACUUCAGUAUGAAUAAAAAGGAAAGACAUGCCCAUAAUUUCUGAGAAGAGUUGUGAGGAAUGCGAGGUUAGACAGCAAAGCUUUCUUGCAGACAUGUCUGACACGCAUGAAUAUGAAAUUGACUACAAACAUCAAAGACAAGACACCCUUCCUAACGGUGUGAAGUCACUGUUGUUGUCAGUCAUUUUUAUUCCAAUAAGAAUUGACAGAACUGAAAAUACAUGCAAACUAUUUGGGAUGCAAAGUGAUUUCAUACAUCAUAUUCUGCCAACACGCAGUGCUUAUUACCUCAACUUAGGACAAAACAACCUCCUGCUUCCUGCAUUCAUGUGUCGUGUCAAUCACUCAAGUCAUCUCUUUUUUUUAAUCAUUUAUGAAUAUACCUUAUUACUGUUACAUGUAUUGACAUUGCAUUACCGUUUGACUUUUUGCUAUCCAAUUUUUACUAUCUGUUUAUUUAAUUUUGUUGACUUUACACAUCAUGUUUGUUUACAUAUUUGUUUAGGUUUCAUUUAAAAACAGUUAUUUAAAUAAAGCAUUCCACAGAAAUUGUUUACAAGUUUGUCAUGAUCUCUUAGUAAGAGUUCUUGUGUAUAUCAUGAUUUGUUUGCUGGAGCCUUUUUGUUGGUUUGUUUGUUAGUUUGUCUGUUUGUUUAGUCCACAGGGGCAGCAUUCACUCUUACUUUUAUAUGUUCAUCAAUGUAAACCUGCAGUUUACAUUACAGUUGUGGUAAGAUAUAGAAUCUAUAGGUGUAGAGUGUUUAGAAGCAAGAUGCAGAUUUUUUCUCAUCGAGACAACUUGUGAGAAUGUGACAGGUAGAAGUAUUUAGAGGUGGAUAUGGAAGCAUUAGCAAACAUUACCGAUAUUGGCCUGCUGACUUUGGUCAAACUCAGACGUGUCUUACCGUACUCAAACCGAGUAAGUCCGAUGAACCGGCCAGUAAACACUUAAAGCAGUGGUUCAUGGACGUUUGAGUUGUCAGGCCCUGAGAUCUGGCUGUCAGAUCAAACAUACUGUGAAUUCACGAUGGGAUGAGCACACUUACUCUAAAGAAGAGUAUAGACUUCAUUACACUCUUACCUCGAGAGACCAUCUCAUCUCCCAUGCGAAACCGAGUAUGCCAGGGAAGAACUCCAGUAAGGUAGAUACUAGUUUUCCUCAAGGAAACGGACGGACAGAGUGGGAGUUUCGGCCUUACUAAAGUUAGAGGGCAACAAGCCCUUGCCUCCAACUGAUGACUGUUAUUUUUGUAUAAUUCAGAAUCUAGAGUAUUUAGAAAAAAAAAUAGUUAUAGCUGUAUAGAUAUAAAUGAAUCGCCAUGCACUAUAAAGACUCAUUCUAUGCUAUUGAGCCCUCUGUGACCAUUUCGUUUUUAUAGGGUUGUGUGCUGAUGUUGCUUCCAAAUCUCCCAUACUUCAUUUUCUUGCAUUUCUUCAAGAAACAGUGCUGAUAACUGUAACAUUCUCUGCGUGGUGAAUUAUUGACAAUCAUGGCAUUAUCUCUUGAAUAUCUCUUAACAAAUGAUCAAUAUUUUUAUUUUCACUGCUGUCAUUGUUUUGUAUUGUUGGUUCGUUCAUUGUAAUCAGUUUUCCAGGCUGCUAUAGUAACUAUGUUAAAAUUGCAAUUGCAGCUUUACGUCAGCAAAAUAUAACCUUGUCAAGUGAAUGUCAGAUGUUAUACAAGGCAAGUAUUAAAUGCAUGUGCAAUAUGCUUAAUGCAGUGCUUUUAAAUGGAAACAAAUCAAGAUGAAAUAUAAUAAAUAUGUUUAUUCUUUCUUCUGAUCA